AUGGAAUCAGAGCCGAAGAAAUGGAUACGAUCUUUAGCUGAGGGAAAUGGGAACUCUGUGCUGAGGUUGCACAGACUUACGGAGGAGUUGGGCGAAAUAGAAAAAGGGAUAAAGGCGGAGUCCAUGGAAAAGGUCGCGGUAGGCAGUGCGAGACAGGGUGGCAGACGCCCCCCGCCCCCGGCAAGGGCGACUCAUGUGGGAGGAGCUGCUUACCUCCGGGGGACCCUCGCGGAGGGGGUGCAGGCGGUCGGGGUCGGACUGCCGACACCGCCGCCUCAGCAGCAGCGGCCGCUCCCGGGUUCCAUUGGCCGCCCGUGCUUCCCUGACAGCGGCCGCGGCGGCUGCACCAGGCCCCGGCUGCGGGGCUGCCCGCGGCGCCGCCUGAAGGGGCCUUCACGCUGCCUCAAGUUGGCCCGGACCUCACACGCAGGACCCGAAAUAACAAUUCUUCUGCGGGCUUCGAUGUCAGAGUCUCCUGGGCCAGAGCCCUCCUUCCCGGGAUUUGCCUUCCUACUUCCCGGGCUGUCAGGACACUACCGAUCCCAUAGUAAUCGGAGAGCGGAUUCUCUUCGUAAAUCAGCCGGCGGGACCCAUGCUGGAUGAGAAAGAGAAGGGACCAGAGAGGAGGACAGUCACCCUCACUUUCCUUUUCCUACUCAUCUUUAAGGACGAUGACAAGAGUAUGCCCCUGUAGCUUCAGGAAUGGCGCAGUCCAACCGCCUCAAUCUUUCACCGUUAGCAGCACUACUCUGGCCCAAGGUUCUGCUCCCGAGGUCACCCCCAGCAGGCCCUGGAGACAGGCUUCUGGUGUUGGGUUUGUGAUAUUUGUGGUUACAUUAUUGAAAGUCCUCCCCUUCCUCCGAACAACUGCCCCAGUGCCUUUCUUAGUAUCUAAGGCCCCUUGUAGGGGAAGGAUCUUAAUAUCCUGCUGGAAGCUGGUUGAACUAGAUCUUGGAUGCCAUCUUCAUUGUACUUAUGAGCUGAUUUGAGAUCAUUCCAUUUUCUUUUUCUUUCUUUCCCUUUCCCCUUUUCUUUCUUUACCGCCCCCCCAACACCUUUUCCCUUUUUAGAGACAGUCUAUUUUUCCCAGGCUGCUAUUAUAUUCCUUGGUUUAAGCCACUGGCCUGUGGAGUAGCUAGGAAUAUAUCCACAUGUCCCCAUUCUAGACUAAACUUCAGCUUCUGUAUAAUAAUGACAAUAUUAUUAUAACAAUAUAGUAACAACAAUAUAUGAUGUAAUAACAUUUUCCAAGGUUGAGAGAUUGGAUAAUAUGAAGAAAGAACUACAUGUCUGUUACUGGAACAUUAAUACAAGUGAUGAAUGCCCCAGCUUCAGUAUUUAAUUAGGAGGCAGAU